AUGUCUGUCAUCCACCUGAGCUUCCCCUUUUCCUCUGUACAUCUAGAGCUGCUUCCCUACCCCCUGCCCUGGGAGCUUUGUGGCCUGGGACCCAAAGAUACUUGCAAGGUCUUUACUCUGACUUUUUGUCUUUCUGCCUUUGUCUCUGGUCCCUUGCCCCACCCCAAACCUCAGGUUCCUUUGGGUGUUUGUCUCUCUUUAUUUUGGUCAUAUUCUGUGUGUAUACAUCCAUGUCACCCUCUCUCUCUGCCACUCCCCUCCCAGGCUGGCCACUACUCCUGGCCUUCUCCAGCUGUGAACAGUUCAUGGGGGCAGGAGCCCCAGAGGCAGCUUCCGGAGGUGCUAGGUGGCACCUGGGAAUCACCUCGAGGUGAUGGGCUGCACGUAGUCACCAUCAUCGUCACUAUCUUUGUUCUGCUGGCAGUCUGCAUCGUGGUGGCAGUCCACUUUGGGCCAAGGCUGCACCAGGGCCAUGCCACACUCCCUACAGAGCCACCAACCCCAAAGCCAGAGGAUGGCAUCUACCUCAUCCACUGGCGGGUGCUGGGCCCCCAAGACAGUCCUGAAGAAGCACCGCAGGGCCCUCUUGUCCCUGGCUCCUGCCCUGUGCCAGAUGGACCCAGGCCCAGCAUCAAUGAAGUCACAUAUCUGUAGCAGCGAGACUGGAAAGUUAGCCUGACCUAGCUCAGAACAAGAAACCAGACAGAGAAAUAGGGCAAAAGCAAAUUGAAGCCUGGGCAUCAGAGCGUCGGAAGGGCACACUGGACUUGGUUGGAGCUGCUCUCUCAGAACAUUUAUAGAGAAAGCCCUGUGGUGGGCAGGAGACGUCAAAGAAGCUCGAGGGUCCUGCCCAGAAACACGCUGCUGGGCACCUUCCCAGGGCCCAAGGCCAACUCACAAGGUCACUCCCUCUUCAGGGACCACCAGACCCCUGAAUCUCCUUUUCAGAGUCUCUGCCCCUUCACCGAACUCCUAGUCUUCUUCCCUUUUGUUGUGAAUCCAGCUUGGGAGAUUCCACCAGCUCCCCCAAGCAGGAAUGCCAGAGGCCCCGGAGCGGCCCUGAUCCUACAAAGGCCAGCCAGGGAGAGCCCAGGCAGAGAAGCUGGGGUCUGCCUUCCCUGAGACUCCCUGGGCUCAGGGAGGUGACGAAUGCCUGUCCUCCAUCAGUCACGGGCCAUCCUUCAGCUGUCAGGGCCCAGACCUUGUUGACAAGCUCCAAAGUCCUUGUAAGCCCAAGCACAAUUUAUAGUUUAAAGACUGGCUUUCAAGGCGGGGUGCAGUGGCUCACUCCUGUAAUCCCAGCACUUUGGGAGGCCAAGGCAGGUGGAUCACGAGGUCAAGAGAUCAAGACCAUCCUGGUCAACAUGGUGAAACCCCGUCUCUACUAAAAAUACAAGAAAUUAGCUGGGCAUGGUGGCGCGUGCCUGUAAUCCCAGCUACUCAGAAGGCUGAGGCAGGAGAAUUGCCUGAACCCAGGAGGCGGAGGUUGCUGUGAGCCGAGAUUGUGCCAUUGCACUCCAGCCAGGGUAACAAGAUCGAAACUCCGUCUCAAAGAAAAACAACAAAGACUGGGUUUCAAAGGCCCCCACCGACUCUGUCUUGCCUCCCCAGAAGGGAUGGAGGAGUUUGGGGGACUCUCAUUGCCUUCCACUUUCUGUGUGCCUGGGCCUGUUGGAAAAGCCUAGAAUGUACCACAGGACAUUUCCCAGAUCUUUCCAGCUGAUGAAAAACGGGAAAGGAAAAAGAGCUCCAUGGAACUUGUUUGGGGAAGGAAGGAGUGGGGUGGGGACCACUACCAGCACUGGGAGGGCCUGGAUCUACUCAGCAGGGGGGUCAGGAAGAUGCAGCCAGGGGCCAGAAAGACAAAACUGGGCCUCCUGGUGGCUCAGUGCCUCCUGAUGGCACUGCCUUCCCCAGCACUUCUGAAUCUCACUCAUCUGCAGUCCAGAACAUGCAGACAGACAUUUAUGGCAGGACCUCUGGUGCUUUACCCUGGGGAACCCCUGUGGCAUUGGCUGGGAAAUAACAGAAGAUAAAAAGGAACAGAGGUGGGGACUGCAGUGUGUGUAGAGAACAGGCUUGCCUCCUUUGGGACUGGGGAGAGGCAGCUAAAAUGUUAAUAGUGCCCCUUGUUGGACAGGGGCAAGACACCAGGCUUCUCUGUGGACCUACAGAUAUGAUACCAUUCACUCCUCGAAACAACCUCCAGGGGAGGGGCCGCUGCUAUCCCCGCUUUACACUUGGGGAAACUGAGGCUUGUUUAUCAAGACACCUAGGUAGACACAGGUACUAAGUGGUGAAGUCAGGAUUUGAGCCUGGGGUCAUCAGACUCCACAGCCUAAGCCCUAUGCUAGGGACUGGAUGGAUUGAAAAGACCUUUGAUUCUGGGUUGGUUUCUGGUAUAUGAGCCACUGGUGUGAUGAUGGAGGAUUCUCAGGCCUUGGGGACAGGGUGGCUGGGAUACUUCAGGAGAGUGGGGACUGUUCCCGCUUGACCCCCUUGGCUCUGCCAUCCUUAGGGGGAGCUGGUUCCUUCUGUCCAAUGUGUGUCUGUGUGGAGUGUUUCUCCACAGUGAUGCUAUACUCAGAAAUGUAUACUGAACAUUUAUGAAUGAAAAAAAAAAAGGUGGGAGGGAGAGAAUGAGCCCAGCCUGGUGGGACAAAUGGAACUAGCAGAGAUGAGCUGCCUUCCCUUCAGAUGGAGGCAGCUGCAUCUACACAGCAUUGUCACAAUGGCUCAGUUGUGGCCAUGAUGGCGAAAGGUACGAAAGGUACGGCAGCUGGCUGUGCUGUCCAAGGCACUCCACGAACUGUCCCAUCUCAUCACACAAACUCUUUCCCCCUUGUCCCUUUGCAGGCUCACUCAUCUGGCACAUAUAGUUAGUAACCCCUGCUCCUUUGAGUGGCCCCAGAACACAGCUGUGUACCACCUCAUGGCAUCAUCUCUGUGCUGGCUCAGGCCAAGCCUAUGGUCCCUGCUCCCCAGGCCUCUCACUGGAGACAAGGGCACUGAAAGAAUAGGUGCCCUCAGCACAAUGGAUAGGCUCCAUCCAGAUGGAAAAUGACACCCAGCCCCCUGCUGGCCUGUACUAGGAUGAGGAGGGGUGCAGGGAAGCAUGCAUGUGCAGGCAGGUUUGGGGCAUCAGGGACAGUAAAUCCCAUCU